AUGCCGAGUCGAGAUGUCGUUGCCUGGAAUUCGAUCAUUGCAUUUUUCUCACAGAAGGGAAAACUGGAAGAAGCAAAAGAGUUGUUUCACUUGAUGCCUGAGCCAAACACUGCUGCAUGGAAUGUUAUGAUUCAGGCAAAUGCCCAAGCCUGGCAUCUUGACGUUGCUAAAGGUCUUUUUGAUCAAAUGCCUUCCCGCGACGUUAUCUCCUGGACAACGUUGAUGAAUUCGUACGCCGAUAUGUCUAACCUUGACGGUUGCCAGGAAGUGUUUGACAAUCUUCCAGAAAUCAGUCUCAUGGCCGGAACGAUUAUGAUGCAAGCAUUUGCUGCCAAAGGCCAUGUUUCUCACGUAAAGUCACUCUUCGACUCCAUGCUCGAGAGAGAUUCUGUUCUCUGGAACGUUUUCAUCGCUGCGUUCUCCAGCAGUACAGGCUUCCAAGUCGCCAAGACGGCCUUCGAUAUCAUGCCGCACAGAAGCGUCGCGUCUUGGAACUCGAUGAUCCAAGCGUACGCCUCGGGUGGUCAUUUUGAUCACGCGAAAGCUCUCUUCCAGACCAUGCCUCACCGCGAUCUCUUCACCUGGAACGCCAUGAUCCAGCUCUUUUCAUCCAAGGGGCUUCUCGAGGAAGCUAAAGUGCUUUUCACCGUCAGCCCCCAGAGAGACAUAGUCUCCUGGAACACACUUCUCCAAGCGCUUACGCACAACGCCAGUCUCGCAAGCGUCAAGCUCGCCUUUCAACGAAUGCCCAGCCACAACCAAAUCUCUCUCAACGUCAUUAUCCAAGCCCACGCCGUCAAUGGUUCCCUGGAAGACGCAAGGCAAGCUUUUGACAAAAUCCACCACCGCGACCCAGUCUCCUCCAGCUCCAUGAUUGCGGCAUAUUCACAGAGUGGUCGAGUGGACGACGCCAGAGCCGUGCUCGAAGAUACCAUCUCUCACGCCUUCGCCCAAGGUGCCGUUGUCUCGUGGAACGCCAUGAUCUCGGGCUAUGCCCGAAACGGGCAUACCAAGUCGGCCAUGGACGUCUUCCGGCUCAUGGACUUACACGGCGUGAGCCCCGACUCGGUGACAUACAUCGCCAUCUUCGAUGCGUGCUCCAGGAUCGCGAACGCCGAGGAAGGCAGCGCGUUCAUCGCCAGCAUCGUCCACCCGGGGAUCCUCCAGGACAGCGUCGUGGUGGGAAACGCGGCGCUCACCAUGUAUGGUCGAUCCGGCCUCGCCGCCGGCGCCUGGUCCGUGUUUCAGCAGAUGCCCGUCCGGGACUCGGUCUCCUGGAACGCAAUGCUCACGGCAUUCGCUCGCAACGGCCACGGCGAGGCCGCGCUCGACGUCUUCCUCGCCAUGGAGCUCGAGGGACUCGUCCCGGACAUCAUAACUUUCGUGAACGUCCUCUCGGCCUGCAGCCACGCCGGGCUCCUCCACCGAGCUCGGGGCUACUUCCACUCGAUCUCCCGCGACUAUGGCCUCACUCCCAUCUACGAUCACUAUGUCUGCCUCACGGAUCUCCUCGCGCGGAGUGGGAGACUCGUGGAGGCCGAGGAGCUCGUCAACUCGAUGCCAUUCGAGCCAAACUACGAGGCUUGGAUGGCGCUGCUGGGCGCUUGCCGGAGCCACGGCGAUGUACGGCGAGGUAACCGAGCCGCCGGCUUCUUCGUCCAGGCCGACGUGGAUGCCGAGUCUCCUUACAUACUCCUCUCCCAUCUCUAUGCCGAGGCUGGCAGCAAAGACGACGUUUUAGUUAUCCGGAAGGCGAUGAGACGCAAGACCAAGCUCGAUCAAUCUCCAGUGAUCUUGGGCGGACUUGAUCGAUAG